AUGCCACAAGAAGGCAACGUGCCCAGUUCCAACAGUACAAGCUCCGAUCCGUCCGUGUUCUUCCUGACGGGCAUCCCAGGCCUGGAAGAUAUGCACCUCUGGAUCUCCAUCCCCUUCAGCUCAGUGUUCGCCAUCAUCCUUCUAGGAAACUGCACCCUCUUGUAUGUUAUCAGGACGGAGCCCUCCCUACACAAGCCCAUGUUCUAUUUCCUCGCCAUGCUGGCCGUUGUCAACCUGGUUUUAUCCACGACCACUGUGCCGAAAAUACUGAGCAUCUUCUGGUUUAACUCCAGGGAGAUCAACUUUAGUGCCUGUCUGGUGCAGAUGUUUUUCAUUCACUCAUUCUCCAUGAUGGAGUCUGCUCUCUUGCUGGCCAUGGCCUUUGACAGGUAUGUGGCCAUCUGCAACCCCUUGAGGUACGCCACCAUCCUGACCAAUUCAGUGAUAGUGAAGAUUGGGCUGGCGGCUUUGGUCCGGGCGGUCGUGCUAAUGGCCCCUCUGCCCUUCCUCGUCAGGAGGUUGCCUUUCUGCCAGUCCCAUGUCAUUGCCCACUGCGCUUGCGACCACAUGGCCGUGGCGAAGCUGGCUUGUGCAGACACCAGGAUCAAUAGCAUCUAUGGGAUCAUCAUAGCUUUCUUCAUCGUGGGGCUGGAUCUGAUGUUCAUUGCCCUGUCAUAUGUCAAGAUCAUCAGGACUGUCUUAAGCCUGGCAUCCAAGGAAGAACAGCUCAAAGCUUUUGGAACUUGUGUUUCCCAUCUUUUUGCCAUUUUGGUGGUCUACCUCCCAGGGGUCCUCUCCUCAGUAAUUCACAGGUUCGGUGAACAAAUUGCCCCAUACGUGCACAUCCUGCUGGGUACGUUCUACCUCCUCUUUCCUCCCAUGAUGAACCCCAUUGUGUAUGGUGUGAAAACCAAACAGAUUCGCGACAGGGUGUGUCUUAUCUUCCAGGGCAAAAGCAUUUAG